CGCUAACUAAGUACAGCCCUAAAAGUAUUUCCACCAUUCACGAAUCCUACUCCUUUCGCCCUAUGUUCUAUUUUCCUGUAGGAAAGAGAAAACCCACACAGAGAGGGAAACCAGAGAAAAGUAUACACCUUUUGCAGUAUAGAUCUGACCGCUAAAGGUUAUGACCUCAGCAAAGGCCUAGCAGAAGGUGCAUAAGUUAAUUUAUUACACACCUUUGGCAUAUAUAUUGAAGAAUGGCAGAAGGAAUAUCAAGCUUUUGGGGUCCAGUAACAUCUGCUGAUUGGUGUGAGAAAAAUUAUGUCUAUUCUUCUUAUAUUGCAGAGUUUUUCAAUACUAUAUCAAAUAUCCCAAGCAUUCUUUUGGCGCUCAUUGGUCUCAUAAAUGCCCUGAGACAACGAUUUGAAAAGAGGUUUAGUGUACUUAACAUGUCUAAUAUGAUACUUGCUAUUGGAAGCAUGCUGUACCACAGCACGUUACAACAUAUGCAACAACAAGGUGAUGAAACACCAAUGGUAUGGGAAAUGCUUUUGUAUUUCUACAUCCUUUAUUCGCCAGAUUGGCACUACCGGAGUACAAUGCCCACCUUUUUGUUCCUUUACGGAGCUGCAUUUGCAGUUGUUCAUGCAUUGGUUCGUUUUGGAAUUGGCUUUAAGGUGCACUAUGCAAUACUCUGUCUUCUGUGCAUACCGCGGAUGUACAAAUACUACAUUUACACGAAGGAUGAGUCUGCAAAGAGGCUUGCAAAAUUAUAUGUGGGUACCAUAUUCUUGGGAAGUCUUUGUUGGCUCUUUGAUCGCGUUCUCUGUGGCAAAAUUUCUCAGUGGUAUUUCAACCCCCAGGGGCAUGCUUUAUGGCAUGUCUUCAUGGGUUUCAAUUCAUAUUUUGCAAACACAUUCCUGAUGUUUUGUCGUGCUGAACAGUUAGGAUGGGAUCCAAAAGUUGUCCGCUUCAUGGGUUUUUUCCCCUAUGUUAAGGUUCAAAAACCGAAGACCCAGUGACAGAUGCUGGAAGUUAACCGAGUCUUGUUGCACCCCUCAUUUUGAGGAAGAUAUAUGGUUUUGGCUGAUGAACAAACACCAGUGGUCUCAAUUUUUUCUUCUCUUCUUUUAAGUGGAUGUAAAUGGUAGUUGAAUAUUGAGAUCACCAGUUGGAUUUUGGUUGAUUUAAGUUGUAUAACACCAUAACUAGUGGUUUUGCUUAGAAAGAAAAUAUAUGGUCAGUGUACCAAAUAUUAUUUUCAGAUCAAA